AUUUUCGGAAUUCGGCUGCAAUGUCCCGCUCUUUCUUUUCUCUCUCUCUUUUCUGGAAAAUAUCUGAAUAAGGGAAAAGGAAUUUAUCCAGCUGCGUCUCUGUUUGCUUCAAAGCUUUUGUUUGACGAAGAAAUGCAGGAGCCGGCGACGAGUUCCGCCGCCGCUAGUUCCUUGCCUUCGAGCAGCGAGAGGUCGUCCAGUUCGGCUCUUCACCUCGAAGUCAAAGAAGGUAUGGAGAGCGAUGAAGAGAUCCGGAGAGUGCCGGAUAUGGUUGGUGAAUCAGCCGGAACAUCGGCCUCCGGGAGGGACACCGGUUCAGUCGCCGGUCCGGACCGGGUUCAGGUGUCUCGGGAUGGUCAAAGGAAGAGAGGGAGAAGUCCAGCUGACAAAGAGAGCAAGAGACUGAAGAGAUUACUGAGGAAUAGAGUAUCGGCACAGCAAGCGAGGGAGAGAAAAAAGGCGUAUUUGAAUGAUUUAGAGGUAAAGGUGAAGGAUUUGGAGAAGAAGAACUUGGAGCUUGAAGAAAGGCUUUCCACUUUACAAAAUGAGAAUCAAAUGCUUAGACAAAUAUUGAAGAACACAACGACAAGUCGGAGAAGUGGGGAAUGAGAAUCGUGAUGGAAGAAGAAAAGGCCAAAGUAUUGAAAGUGAGAGGGAGAGUAUUUUGUUACUGAACAAAUAUGAUAAAUUCCUACCAAACUUUGGUAAUUUAUCCUUCCAUUGAUUUUUUCUUAA